AUGGCGACCAUUGCAGGGCCUCCCGAUCACGGCCCGGACAAUGCCCCCGCCGACGAGCUGAUUCAAGCGCAACCUCACCCAUCAGACGAUGGGAUCGCUGUCGUCCAAUCUUCCUCGCUCCCUGAAAACACCCAGUCACGCCCGCCAUUAGACAAGCCCAAGAAGAAGCGCUCGCUCUUGUUGGUCCCAUCGAGGACGUCGUCGCGAGGAAGCAAGCAGCAGUCGUCCGACAUGACCACCGAAACCGCCCAGGAUGAAUCCAACACGUUAGCAAACUCGCGCACCAAUCUGACGAAACGACGGAGAGAUCGCAGCAAGGCGAGCAGCAGGCGGUCCCAGCGAAACGACCAGGAAGAAAACAUGCAUGCAAAACCAGCCACCCCAGACGAAGACCGCUACCUCAGGCCCGAGAGGAAGCCCAAAUCGACUUCGAGGUUUCUGUCCAUUCUGAAUUGCUGCAGCACUUCCGAGCCGGAUAACGAAGACCCAGAUCUUCCUGCAAAGAGAGCAGAAACCAGACUGCCGCCGCCGGCGCGACAGCCUCCGAGUGAAAAGGUCGACAUCAGCGCCGCUGAGUCGAGCACGGCUGAAUCCAAGGACCAUCAGCUUCUCAACGAGAAGACAGGGGAAUCCGCUGCCAAUCCGCCUCACGCAGAAGAGACUCAGGAGCAGCCAAACAUACUGCCCGUCGCCGAGGGUAGAUCUGACUUGGCCGGAGAACACGCCACAGCGCCUAGAAGUGAGCCAUCGAAUAAACAGCCUGUGAAUGUGCCCAGCGAUUUGUCACUCAGUAAAAAAGAUGGAAGCGGAGACGAAAUUCAGCCGGAAUCUACGCCUGGUCAGUCGCAAGACGACCGCGACGUCCCCAUCCCCGAUGCACCCAUUCCUUCCAGCGAAGAGGAGGAAGAUCCGGUACCAACUCAAGAUGUUGCUCCUCCUCCUCCUCAGCCGCCGCCUCCUGAUGUUUAUUUGCCGGGACCUCCAACAACACCUGGGAAACAAAAUAUAUGGCUCCUUCCGCCUCCGCUGCCACACUUGGACGGCCGCAAAUGUCUGAUUCUUGACUUGGAUGAAACACUUGUUCAUAGUAGCUUCAAGGUCCUCGAGCGAGCCGACUUUACUAUUCCUGUCGAAAUAGAAGGCCAGUGGCAUAACAUCUACGUGAUCAAAAGACCGGGCGUCGAUCAGUUUAUGAAACGAGUGGGCGAAUUAUACGAAGUCGUUGUUUUUACAGCAUCAGUUUCAAAGUACGGCGAUCCAUUGCUUGAUCAACUGGACAUUCACAAUGUUGUCCACCACCGCCUGUUUAGAGACAGCUGCUAUAACCACCAGGGUAACUAUGUCAAGGUCAGUUUUCUCACUAGCGACGAAAUCGAAAGCCGAACAGGUGAACUAACAGCCAUCAAGGACCUGUCGCAAGUUGGCCGUGACCUUCGGGAGACUAUUAUUAUUGAUAACUCACCUACCUCGUACAUAUUCCACCCUCAACACGCCAUUCCUAUCAGCAGCUGGUUUUCAGACGCUCAUGACAACGAGUUGCUCGAUUUGAUACCAGUUCUCGAAGACCUUGCCGGCACCCAGGUCCGGGACGUGAGCUUGGUGCUUGACGUUUCGCUUUAA